AUGUAUUUCCGGUUCCGUACACUGCAAGUUGGCUGAAAACGCAGGAAUGUCAACAAGAUUGUGUUAACUCCCAAGAAAUUUGCAUUAACUGCUGUCAGGGUAUAGUUUUGUCUGCUCACUUCUUGCCUUUUGUGGAUUUCUUACUAGCCUCCCCGAGGUUUAUCUUAUUGAUACAGUUUUACCAUGGAACUUAGUCCAUUCCUGUUUGUCGUGUAACACCCACGGAUACUGAAGAUCCCAUUGUAAGGCGGCUGAGACUUGAAAUAGACUAGUAUGUAUUUUAUCACCUAGUACUUAAUUAUGUGAUGGAGGUCAUUCUCGCUGUUGUACAACCCAAACAAAAUGUCUUCAGCCAAGAGUACCGUCCGAAGCUGUACAAUAUUCUGCUGCUGGACCACAAAACAACAUCCUCGGGGGAGAAAAGCAAACCCACCAAGUAUCUCCCUACAUUCCCACUGACCAAUGUCCAGGAGGAGGCAGGGGAUGAGGUUCUGACCAAUCUCUAUCAACUGACCGGAGGGGAUCAUGUUGGCAUUAAAGGGGAGCGUGCUCUGCAGAUUCAGUGGUCGAGCGACAAGCACAGGGAGUCCCUCACACAAUUUGCCCUCUUCUGUGUUCCUGUCAACAAGGGAGAUAAAUUGAAUCGGAUGUUUGUGGAGAAGUCACCAGACUACCCUGGUUUUUUCUCUCUGGAUUAUGUGAUAGAAACUCUUAACAAUGACUCUGUGGCAUACCCCCCACCCACCAGGACAUUUAUCUCCCAGCUGGAGAGCUGGCUUCGAGAAAAACAUGCUAUGCCUGGUGCUAUCAACAUUUUAUUUAGUCGCCGAGCCGACUACCGAGUUAAGCUCAGUGUGAACAACCCAGCCUUUUUACCGAGUCGAUUUGAGCAUGCCCACGAGACGACUGGGAUGGUGAUUGACUCUACUCCUGACGAGAUCAGACACACGGCACGAGAGGCGCUCACAAGGAUGCUUGAAAUUGAGAAGUGUGAGAAGGUGGUCUUGAACCCGGUGUUUGGUUCAUCGUUUCCGUGUAAAUCUAAGGUUGAGAGGGCAGAAGUGAACAUGUACUGGGGGAUGGGUGUGCCGGACUACAACAUACAUGUAUGGCCUAAUUCCAACAGAAACAGCAGCACAGGGGGGUCCUUUGACAGCUUGUAUCCAGAGAAAUAUCAUAUCCACAAGCUUGUGAAUGAAGGCAACAUCCAAGCCAUACGGGACACCAUUGCCAUCGCUGCACAUCUGGUGGACGAAAAACAUCCCAAAGUCGGAGUGCCUCUUCACAUGGCAGCAUACAAAGGUUAUGCAGAUGCUGCCAAAAUUCUGCUGGAUGCUGAGUGUAAUCCUAAUGCACUGAAUGAACUCGGCCAGUCACCCCUCCACAUAGCUGCCAAGGAGGGACAUUGGAAUGUUGUUCAGGAGCUCAUCAAGAAGCCCGAUACUAGUCUGGAGCUGUUAGACAAACAGAAUAGGACACCAUUAAAUCUCUGCGAGCAGGACUCGAGAUCUCCCAAACAUCAAAAGACUGCCAAUCUCAUCAUCUCAGCCAUUAAGAAAACAAGACAGAUACAGGUGUUUUUAAUGGACGGGUCGUCGAAGAUGCUGAACUUAUCAAAUGGAGACAGCACCACAGUUCAACAGCUGAAUCUCCAGUUACUAAGGGCAUUUAAUCUUCCUCCCAAGCCUUAUGCAGAAUAUUUUACAAUUUGGAUAUGCUCCAAAAGUCUGGAGCUGCAGCUAAAAUUAGAACACAAACCCGUAGAACACAUUAACAAUUGGCGGAGGAGAAUCGUCAGUAUGCUGACAGGUGCCCCGGACACCAGCAAAGAGAAUCCAACCCUCAAAUGGAGGCGCAAUGCCAAAGUAGGCGUCGUCUCCGAGGAAAGGGAGGUCACCCAUCCACUGGCCAUCCGAACGCUGUUUUAUGAGGCCAAGCAUAAUUAUAUUAAUGCCUUGUAUCCUUGUAAAGAUGCCGAUGUCCACACGUUUGCCUCCAUCUUGAUCCUCCUGGAACAACAAGGGAAAUACGACACAGUCACUGCCAAGUCUUACCUUCAUAAAAACAUUAGCAGUCUGGUGCCAGCUCCAAUUCUGAAGGUGAAGGGUCAACAGCACUUGUCUUCUUCAAUAAUGAAAAGGUACAAGGAAUACUGUGGAGGGCUUCAGGACGACAUUAAAAAAUACCAGAACCAGUAUCAGCAGUUUCUGCAGGGAAAGUUUUUGGAAUUCUGUCGGAAAUUGACGGUGUAUGGUUCAGCUUUUUUCACUGGAAAUCUACAGUCCAAUAGUAAAUCCUCCAAUUUAUGCCAUAUUGGUGUCAAUGAUGUGGGAAUACAUAUCAUAAACAUGAAGUCUAAAGUGAUGCAGCACAGUUACCUGUACUCUCACAUUCGAUGGUCUCACCCCGAGGAUCAGCCCUCCUUUCUGGAGAUCUAUCCUGCUAAUGCCUCUAGUGAAGCUCGCCAAGUGAAAAUCAAAUCACGCCAGGCUGGGCUUAUUGUACACCUUAUGCAAAAACUCAAAGAUCUCCAUCAGUAUGAUGAUAGACAAGUCAAUCUAGUGUUUGGGACUUCUGGUCGAAGAUAAGAUUCUAUGUGAUUCACGGUUGUUCAUUUUUAAUGGUUGUUCAUUUUACAACACUUUUUGGUGAUGCGUUUGAUGUGCGGAUUUGGAAACUGGAAAAUUCAUUUCCGGAUGUCUGUUUGGAGAUGAAUGCAAGUGGGAAAUUGUAUUUGUUAUCUUUAUUAUACAGUAUGUUUUAUUUAUUAUAAAGCUUUUACACAUGGA